UUAAUGUGGCUCACCGCUAUCUUCCAGUAUAUCCUACUCUCCUUUUUAUGUGGAAACAACAAAAUACACCUGCUAAACCAACCAGAAUACCUACUUCGCCCGAUUAGGCAAUCACCAUAUGUUUUAAUUUGUUUUGUUAGAAUUCCGUCAUGGGAUUGCCGAUGGAUGACGCCGUAGUUAUUCAAAAAGGGAAAAGGCCUGGUGAACCUUAUGUUAUUACCGUUAAUUGUCCUGACAAAACAGGCCUCGGUUGUGAUAUUUGCCAUACAAUUCUUGAUUUUGGACUUUACAUUACCAAAGGAGAUGUUUCAACAGAUGGGAUAUGGUGCUAUGUGUUAUUAUGGGUGGUUCCUCACUCUAGUUCAUCUAUUGUAAGGUGGGUGAAUUUGAAGGAGCGCCUUCUGUCAGUAUGCCCUUCAUGUUCUGUUUCAUUCUAUUUGAACGAACCAUCCCCACGUGCCGCAUCUUCUCCUGUAUACCUGUUGACGUUUUGUAGCCGCGACCGAAGAGGAUUAUUGCAUGAUGUUACCCAAGUUCUCUGCGAGCUUGAGCUUACCAUCCAAAGGGUAAAGGUGACAACAACUCCAGAUGAUCGUGUCCUGGACAUUUUCUUUAUAACAGACAACUUGGAGCUCUUACACACAAAAGAGAGGCAAAAUGAAACAUACAAACAGUUGUAUGAUGUUCUGGGCCAAUCAUGUAGUUGUGAGCUUCAGUUAGCAGGCCCGCAGUAUGAUCACCUUCAUAGUAUCUCUUCUCUUUCUCCAUCUGUUUCUGAGGAAUUAUUUAGGUGUGAACUAUCAGAUAAUGAAUUUCGCACACAAGCUCUUAGCCCAGAUAUGACGCAGUUGAAGAAGGCUAGUGUGACAAUAGAUAAUUCCCUGAGCCCAGGGCAUACAUUGCUUCAGAUCGGUUGUGUUGAUCACAAGGGUUUUCUUUAUGACAUUAUGCGCACAUUGAAAGACUGCAAUAUUCAGAUCUCUUAUGGUCGAUUUUCACCGGUUAAUAAGGGUCAGAGGGAAUUAGACCUUUUUAUUCGGCUGAAGGAUGGGAAAAAAAUUGUGGAUCCAGAUAAACGAGAUGCUCUUUGUUCCCGCUUAAAGGUGGAAAUGCUUCAUCCUCUACGUGUAAUUAUCACAAAUCGUGGGCCAGAUACUGAACUUUUGGUUGCUAAUCCUGUGGAGCUAUCUGGAAAGGGUAGACCACGUGUUUUCUAUGACGUUACACUGGCAUUGAAGACCCUUGGGAUCUGCAUCUUCUCGGCGGAAAUCGGAAGGCAUUGUACAAGUGAUCGUGAGUGGGAGUUUUACAGAUUCCUUUUAGACGAAAAUUGUAGAUUUGACUUGUCUUGUAUGGCUGGUAGAAAUCAGAUAGUAGACAGAGUCAGAAGAACAUUAAUGGGUUGGUGAGCUCAAUCAUUGACUCUCUUCUGGUCUCCCUCUGAAAGAAGUUUUUAGGAGAGGUGAGCUUAUUCGUCAUCUUGUUGGCGUCACUUACCUUUUUAUGUAUGUUGUAUCUAUAAUUAUGUGUCAAAUAUUGAUGAUCUCUUUGUACAGUUCCGUCGUUAAUUGUUGCCGCAUUCAGUUGGCUUGUAUGUAUAGUGAUAGUUAUUGAAUCUCCUUAAAGAAAAUCACUCUCUUCCAUUUCUUUCAUCCACCU